AUGGCGCAUUUCGACAAUCCAGAGCCAUUUGCCUUAGCCGUCAGUGAGCUUGACAACCAAACUGGUCACGGUCGACUGAGCAGCAGCAGCAAUCAUGUUGAAGCCGCACCGGACGACACAACACGACAUUCGGCUUCCUUGUCGCGUGACCAAACACUGGACAGUGUUGUAGGCCACAGUCUCGAGGCCCAUUCAUCCACGAAAAGCGACCAUAGCGACAGUGAAGACAAGGAGCCCAGCCAGAAACACACGCUUGAUAAACUAGCUUCCGCUGUCGACAAUGUGCAGUCUGGUGUCAAAAAACGGGCCAAGAGAGCAAAGCUCCGUUUCGAGAGGAUUCAAGCAACUUCUGUGUCCCGCUUUUUGAAUCCUACAGUCCUUCGGAUGACCGUGCGAUAUGACAGUGGCUCAGACUCGGAAGGUGCCAUACACAGUGCGAAAGAACAGGAUCUGGUGUGGCGUGCCCGAGAUAAUCGAAAGGGCCGUAACAGUAUCGCUGUGCCAAGACUACCAGAUGAUGAAGACGAAUACGGCGAUGAGUUGAUUUUGCCGAUGAGGUUCACGCCUCGCAUGAAAGCGACUGCCAAGGAGAUUGGCCAGACGUGUUGGAAGAUGCUCACAACCUUUCCAUACUGGGACAUGGCUUUUUGGAGCGGUUGGUCCUACACGCUGGGUUCCGCACUAUUCGUCGCCACUGGGGUUAUUUCUUGGGGACCAGUCGCUUUCGGAGAAGGCUUUGAAACGUCGAAAGCUGAAAAAUAUGGUGGAUCAUUAACGUUCUUCUUCGGAACUCUGUUUUACCAGGUCGGUGCGGUUACAGCCUAUCUUGAGGCAGUGAACGAUGGAUCGUUCCAUGGAUCGGCCAUGCGAAGACUUCUCGAGGGUCAUCAAGAUGACUCAAAGAAGCUCUUGGAUGAGAAGAUACACGAUUUUGUUCAUCGAUUGUCUCCACACCGUCCUCAUCAGGGCAAUGACGAGCGAGCGAUAGAUGAUAUGCUGGUUGACCCAGAGGCUGGAUGGAACACAAAGGAACUUCGACAUCUUCGUCCUGGCUCCAUCUAUCCGGACGGCAAGAACCCCGCUCCUAGGCGCGGUGGAGUGGWUCUUGGCGGCGAGGAGGGGCAUUCCAGCGUGUACGCGACGUGGAGGUGGUGGCCGACACUGCAUGCUCUUCGUACGCACCACAUUUAUGACAUAGGCUAUAUGGCCUGUGCUAUCCAAUUGUUCGGAGUCACCCUAUACGGCGUCACAGGCAUAGUCGACCUUCCAGGAAUUCUGAGCAGCAUGGAGAAUUGGCAAAAGCUGGCCGCGUUUUGGAUACCACAAGUCGUGGCGGCAUUGUGUUUCUUGAUUGCGAGCUUGAUGUUCAUGUUGGAAACUCAAGAGAAAUGGUGGCGUCCAGAGCCUUUUGUGCUGGGUUGGUGGGUGGGAGUUUGGGCGACUAUUGGUUCGGUAGGUUUCGAGCUCAUAGCAAUUUUUGGAAUUCUGGCUCUGCCGGGCACUCGCCAUUGGGCAGAAUACCAUAAGGAAUUGGCUACUGUAUGGGGCUCGGGCGGAUACCUCAUGAGCGCCGCACUGCAGUGGUAUGAGGCCCUGAAUAAGGGUGAAGUAGAGGAACUCAUCGGCAAGUGA